AUGCCGGGUCUUGUCCCCUCCUCCUCAUCCGCCCACCUCCUCUCCCGCAGCCUCGCCGCCGCCAGGACGCUCUCCGCCGCCGCCGGUUACUCCUCCUCCCCCUCCCCCUCCUCUUCCAUGGCGCGCUCGGCGCUGGACGAGGUGACCGACACCGGCGCGUUCGACCGGACGCCGUCCACCUUCCGGAGCUUCGUGUCGAGGGACGCCUCCGCCCGCUUCCCCGCGGUGGCGGGCAGGUACCACCUCUACGUCUCCUACGCCUGCCCCUGGGCGUCCCGCUGCCUCGCCUACCUCAAGCUCAAGGGCCUCGACCACGCCAUCAGCUUCUCGUCGGUGAAGCCCAUCUUCGAGCGGACCAGGGAGUCGGACGACCACCUGGGGUGGGUGUUCCCGGCCACCGCCGACGAGGUGCCCGGCGCCAGCCCCGACCCCUUCAACGGCGCCAAGAGCGUCAGGGAUCUGUACGAGAUCGCGAGCACCAACUACACCGGCAAACCGACUGUCCCCGUGAGUCUGAAUCUGGGCUCUUCUCCUCAAUCCUCAUCCCCACUCGACUGGACACAUGAUCUGAUCGAGCAGGAAAUGGAUCUUUGGUCGCCAUGGCAGGUGCUGUGGGACAAGCAGCUGAAGACGGUGGUGAACAACGAGAGCAGCGAGAUCAUCCGGAUGCUCAACGCCGAGUUCAACGACAUCGCCGAGAACCCCGGGCUGGACCUCAACCCGGCGCACCUCCAGGGCUCCAUCGACGAGGUCAACGGCCUCGUCUACGACGCCAUCAACAACGGCGUCUACAAGUGCGGCUUCGCCAAGAAGCAGGGGCCAUACGACGAGGCCGUCACGAGGCUGUACGAAGCUCUGGACAAGUGCGAGGAGAUCCUGGGCAAGCAGCGGUACAUGUGCGGCAACCAGCUCACGGAGGCCGACGUCCGCCUCUUCGUCACGCUCAUAAGAUUUGACGAGGUUUACGCGGUUCACUUCAAGUGCAACAAGAAGCUGCUGAGGGAGUACCCCAACCUGUUCAACUACACCAAGGACAUGUACCAGAUCCCCGGGAUCAGCAGCACGGUGAACAUGGAGCACAUCAGGAAGCACUACUACGGGAGCCACCCCUCCAUCAACCCCUACGGGAUCAUCCCCCAAGGCCCCAACAUCGAUUACAAUGCGCCACAUGACAGAGAAAGGCUGUUCCUGUAA